AUUCAGAAAACAUAUGUAUUAAAAAUAUAAUUUUAAUUACAAAUUUUGAACGAUAUCAUGAGAAUGAUAAUGAUACCGUUUAUAAACCGACAUAUAAUACUGAAAAGGACACAAUUUAUGUUUUCUUUAUGGAUGAGUUAUCACCAGGAAAUUACACCUUAAAUAUAAAAUAUUUUGGUAUUGCUGAUAAAUAUUUUAGAAUUUUUAAUAUAAAAGAAAAAUCUACUUGGGUAGGUGCUCCGCAUUUCCAAAUAAUAGGCGCUCGACCAUUUUUUCAAAAAUUGUCAUGUUUGCAUCUACAUGAUGUACGGUUAAGAGCAACCUUUAACAUUUCUAUAAGAUGUGAUAGUUGCGCGGCAUUGUCAAAUAUACCAUUGCAAAAUACGAAAUUAGAUGAACACAAUAUGUUAUGGAUACAUAACGAUACCACACCUGUCAUGUGGACUGAUCAUGUAACAAUAAUUGUGUCUAAUUGCCUAUUCCAUAUUGAUAACGAAAUCAUUAAAAUGUGGACCAGAAUUGAUGCUGUAUUGGACAUGGAAUUUUCAAAUAAUGUAGCUACAAAUAUCACGUUAUUAUUUAACAAAACAUGGAAGCAUUCAAACAAUAUUUCGAUGGUGUCUCAUGUUGCAAUUCCAAAUUUCCAUGACAAAGGCACAAUAGUUUUUGGACUUGUUUUUUAUAGGGAAACAGAUAUCAUCUACGAUAAAAAUUUAUAUUCUAUUGCUCACAAAAUCGAAGUAGCUCAAUUAGUAGGACGUAAAGUGACACAACAAUGGUUUAAUAAUAUGAUGAACAAUCCGUCAGUGUCUGAUUUUUGGUUUAAAAAAGGUCUUAUUACAUUGCUUGCAACGUAUGCUGUUAAUAAGAUGUAUCCAGUUUAUCGAAUAAUAAAUUUAUUUGUUGUUCAAAAUCAACAUUACUCUUUUAAUUUAGAUGGUGAUUAUCAUAUGUGGCCUUCUACUUCACAAGAGAACAGUUUAUUGAAAAUUCGCCAAUCAAUCAGAGCGCCUUUUAUACUGCGCAUGAUGGAUCACGCCUUCACUAAAAAAAUAUUUUGGAAAGGAAUUCGCUCAUAUAUAAAUAGCACUAUUGGGAUUAAUUUUUGGGAUAAAAUUGUUGCUGGUGCAGACGAACCAUAUACAGCUGUAAAAAUAAUAGAUUAUUGGCAUUUAGAAACGUAUUGUCCCAUUAUAAAAAUAACACACAAUUUUAUUAGGAGCGAAGCAAAUGUAUCGAUUCAAAAUAUCGACAAAUUAAAAAUUGACUGCCUUCCUGUAACUUUUACUACGCAAACGUCUUUAGAUUUUAACAAUUUUACUCAUCACAUGGUGUGCAAGCCAAAAGAUUUGAAAUUAUCAUUACCAUUUAAUAAAAAUGGUUGGAUAAUAUUCAAUAUACAACAAAUUGGAUAUUAUCGCGUUAACUAUGAUGAAGAAAAUUGGCAAAGAAUUAUAAAUUAUCUACACUCCUUUAAUUACAAAAAAAUUCAUGUUCUUAAUCGUGCCCAAAUUAUCGAUGAUGCAUUCAAUUUAAUGAUAGCAGGCCAUCUCCAUUCCUAUAUAUUCUGGAACAUCAUAUCGUAUUUGUAUCAAGAAAAAGAUUAUAUAGCAUGGUAUCCUUUGUUUAAAGCUCUGGAAUAUAUAUGUAGUGCUUUUCCAGUGUUGAAAGAAAAAAUUGGAUAUUUUAUGUAUCGCAUAAGGUUGGAAUUAAUCUGGGUACUUAGAAGAAUCAAAUAUGAAGAAAUUGAUGAUACAGACGAACUUAGAAUAUGUUUACGACAAGAAGCUACAAGAUGGGCAUGUCUUCUUGAUGACAUCACUUGUAAGAAAAAAGCCAACAAUAAAUUAGAACAACAUCUCCAAGAUUUUGAAAAACACAAGGUUUUGCCAUGGUGGAAGGAAUGGACAUAUUGUAAAGGUUUGAUGAUAAAUACCAACAAACCGACUUGGGAAUCAGUGUAUGGUAUAGGUGUUGCAAAAAAAGACACUAAAUUUUUAGAAUACUUGGCUUGCACUGAAGAUGCUGAUAUGAUUAAAAACUAUUUAAGAUAUAAAUCUAUUUUUAAAAAGAAAAUCAAUAUCUUCUUAACAGUUUCUUAUAUAUUAUUACGAAGCAUGCGAAUAAUCAAAUUAUUCUGA